CCGACAUGCUUGACGACUGAGCGUCUACACAAGGACACUGUCAGCCCCGAGAGUAUCUCCGCUGUCAGGCUAGACGAGCCAGGCAGUGUACACCAUACACGAGCACUUAGCCGAACGCAAUGCAUUGGAAGAAUGAUGUUCAGUGAAACUGCUCGUGGACUCCGGAGUGGGUGCCCAGAGCAGAGCAAGUAAGGUAUUCAUUUGUGACGGAUUGACACGCGUGAGACGACGAACGUGGAUGUUGGUUGAGGUGCAGGUGUCGUCGUCUAUUAGCAAGCCCACAUCCUGUGUUUGGGAUUUCCACAGCGGACCUGUGACAGACAGUAGUCAGUAAGAUCGCUGUGAUAAUGCCAUUGAGAUAAACUCAAAUAAGUAGUGUAGCUUCUAGAUGUGGACUUUCUCGUGUUGCUUCGUCGGAUUUUUCAACACGUCUGCUGUUAUCAACUGCUGAAACGCAGCCAUGGGUAUGUGAACAAUUGAAAAUCACGAUACUUAUUUUGCGGGUUCAAAUGAUAACAGGUGUAUAAUGUUUCAGAAGAACCAGGAACUGUUUUCAAACAUUACGGAUGUUCCGAGACAUGUGUGGACUUUAUUACGCACCUGACAAUCAGACAGUCAACCACCCUCUCCGCGAAGGACGUUCAGGAGAAAGGUACAGUUCAAAUGCUGACAUCAUCAAAGAAUUUUGUUUUACAUUGUUUCAAAACGACAAAAUCAUCCCAAAAUAGUGAACGAGUCAUACCCCAAGCCGCUUGUUACCAAAUACACUUCUGUGGCAUUCCAUAACGUUAGAGUAGAGUGUUGUCGCCGUGUCACAGCUGUAAUUAUUAAGGUUGUUCGGCAGCCUGGCAUCAAAGGAGGUUGUGGCUUCUCGGACUGAUGGAACUAUUCCUGUGACAGUGCCUGGAUUAUCAACAGAAGUGAUCAGAGAGGUGAUGAAUUAACGCCAGGGUGCGUUACUGUUGUUUCCGAGGAGGAUGGCGUUUUGACGCUUUAUCAGAUCUAUCACCUUUCCUUGACAAGAGCUGGGAAUAGCAUCUACUCACUGUUAUAAAUGGGCGGUCGGAAGGAAGACACAGCAAAAUGAAGGAAAAACGACGCCCUCUGUCUAUUAUAGAGGAAUUCGAAAACAAGGACGAUAUUUUAUCUGCCCCAGACACCCGGAAGUUCUCUGUACCUAAAAUUGUGAUUACGUCAGAGAAUGGCGAGCUCACGUCAGAUCUCGCGCAACUGAAGAAGACUGCCACGAGACUUAACCUAAGCACGCGUAGGGAGAGUUACAUCGCAUGGCGAGCGGAACAUAUCGACAAACAGCACAAAGUCCCUAAACCAGUGUUGAAGGUUGACCACGACGAGCGACUCACUGCAGAGCGUAAGAAAAAGAUUGAUGAUGCUUUGGAGUGGCUACGCAAUGAGCUUCAAGAGAUGCGAUCCCAGGAUCAGCAAAUCGCACGACGACUGUUGUCUCUCCGCCACGACAUCCAUCAACUGAAGCUGCAAAGAAGCUGCGCGGAGCAUCAGGAGCUGCUGGAGGAUGCGCAGUCAGAACUAGAAGAGCUUGAGGAGCUGCCAGAUGUCCUUGACCUUCCUUCCUGUCUCAACAACAACCCCUAUAAACAUCUGGGAGUCACGAGGAUGAACCUCAGUACAAGACGUUUCUCUACUUGCUAAAUAUUAUUUGUGUAUAUAAAAUACUGUGAUGAAAGGGUUUCUAUGUUGGAAUCCUCAUUUGCAUCGUUACUUCCAGGUGCAAUCUGUAUAGUCUGUGAUGCUACUUGGUCCUUUGGAAGGUGCUUUGGAAGCUGUAACCAGUGUGUGUUCUUGACGGCAAUGUUUGGUACAGUUCUCUCUCAGGACGUCUUAAUGGACCUGUGUUCUAAGUGGAUUCUGGGACAGUCUCUGGUUUUGUGGGAUCUGAGCAGACUGUUCUCUCACCAGGAAGAAGCCUUGGACAUAUUGUUCUAUGGGCAGGACGCCUUGGAUAGUUUGUGUUCGUGACAAUACGCCUUGGUCAGAAUGUGUUCUUCACUGGAAGCCUUAAAAUAAUCUCUGGUUUUGACAUGAAACCUUGGACAAUCUGUGUCCUUGGCAAGGGCAGACUACGACGAUGAAUGCCAGCUAAGGCAACUGUGUCACCCACAGGUACGACCGCCACGCCCCCUAUAGAGGUCCCCAGCCGCAUGGAUGAAGCAAUGUUGUAAAUUGAGCAGAUUACACUGGCUCCUAGGUGUUGCGAAGUUUUAACCUACAUUCCACCUGUGAUCCUACCUUGGGAGAAGCGGGGUUAACCUCUGACAUUCGUGUAGUCGGACGUGAUGAUAUGUUUCCAUCAUGACAGGAGAACCU